AUGGCGCGCCCAGUCGAAGCGCUGGACCUGCCGCCGCGCAACCUGCCCGCGCCGCCCCCGUACCGGCUCCCAACAUUGAUAACGACCUACUCGCACCUGCCCGACAGGAGCAUUGAGCCAGGGGACGCAAGUAUGGCGUGGUAUCGGCCAGCGCCGGUCGGCGCGGACCUGAAGUACGGGCUCGAGCGGCGCAUCGAGCGCGACGACAGCGUCGACGAGCACCUCGACGGGCUGGUUGACGCGCUGCGCGGGGUGCUGGAGGAGGGCGGGGGCGCGGAGCGCAAGGGCGGGGUGGUGACCUGGCGCGGGAUGCUCACGCGGAUCAUGACUGCGCCCUAUGAAGACCGCGAGGGGUGGGAGAUGGACGCGCUCGCGCUCGACGGGAGCGUGUAUCUCGAGCUGUAUGACCCGCCCGAGGCGCGCCAGCGGCGCGCGCACGACCAGUCGGCGUGGGCGGACGCAUCGUACAUGGGCUACGCUUACGAGAGCUACUCUACCACCACUCGCGAGGAGGUGUUUGACGGCCCGGAGGGGUGGGGCGGCGACGUGAAUACCAAUGUGCAGUGGUGUAAUGUCGUACGGAGUGCCAUUGGGGACGUGCCGGUUUGUCUUGGUGGCGAGGUGGACUGCGUUCGGGCACCACCCGGCUCGCCCAACCCCGGCCUAGCCGCGUGCAUCGAGCUCAAGACCAACAAGGUCAUCGAGAGCGAACGGCACGACGCAGUGUUCCACAAGAAGCUGCUCAAGCACUGGGCGCAGAGCUUUCUCCUUGGCGUAGAGACAGUCGAGGUCGGCUUCCGCACAGACGCCGGCAUCCUCGUAUCGCGGCACGCGUUCGACACAGGCGGCAUCCCUGCGCUUGUCGCGCAAGCCCACGGCAGCAACACCUGGUCCCCCGUGCCGUGCCUGCACUUCCUGCACGCCGUGCUCGCCAUGCUUGUGCGGCACGUGCUUCCUUCGGACCCGGUGGAGAGGUACACGGGGCGAGAGAUACCGCCCGCAGUGCUCUGGCGCCUGCGGUUCACCCCGCGCGGCGGGUGUGAGCUGUUUUGUCUCGGCGAGGUCGACGACCACGACGGGCGCUGGGGCGGUAUCUUGCCCGAGGACUAUGUGCACUGGCGGCUGGAGCGCGCCGCGGCGGCGUCGACAGCAACAACGGCGUGA